AUGCCUACCAUGAGAGAUCGCAAGAUCUUAAGAACGGACGACGUGGUGAAUCUCAAGGAGGAAGAGAAGAGAAAACUACUUGAGGACUACCUCCCAGACGGACCGCCCGAAGACACGCAACGCCAAUGGCGUGACGACGACAUCCCCCCUAAGGGCAGGUUCGGCCUGCGACGCGUCCUCCGUUCGAAGCUACACCUCGCCAUUUACACGAUUCUGCACACCUUCUUCUCCCUGUACAUCAGGAUACGACAGGCAUGGCACCUGGUGUGCUACCACGUAUCCUCUAUCUUGUUCUACCACCACCGGACUCCGGAAUACAUUGAGCGCGAUGUUGUUGGCCUGAAGAAGAAGCCAAAGCACCUCAGCGUUAUCUUGAAGCGGGAAGAGGGCAGCAGACACGGAGCUGAGCUAGAAAGACUGGUUGCUGAGGCAGCCGAGAUUGCCGUAUGGUGUGUGUGCGCCAAGAUUCCCGUUUUGACGGUGUAUGAGCGAACAGGCCUCCUCAAGCAUUACCUCCCCCACCUCCAGCAGUCCAUCAUCCAGAAGUCCCGAUCCUACUUCGGCAGACACCAGCCGGCCCUCACCGUGGCCAUGCCCCAUGCCGACGAUGUCCUCGAAUCCCCAGCCCACGGCGACUUCGCACGCGACGAUCCGCGUCACCUCAAGGUCCUCUUUAUUUCUGCCGAGGACGGCCGAGACUCCAUGGUCGACCUUACACGAACAUUGGCCGAGAUGUCUCAGAAAGGCAAAAUCCACCCCCGCGACAUCAGCACAGAUUUGAUCGAUGCAGAGCUGUCUGAGGGCAUCAUGCCGGAGCCUGAUUUGCUCAUUUCUUUCGCUCCUUACGUCGACCUUGACGGCUACCCACCCUGGCCCAUUCGUCUGACCGAGAUUUUCUGCCUCCCAGACAACCAGGGCGUCGGAUACCAGGUCUUUUUGAGAGCGCUAAACAAUUUCGCCAACGCGCAGUUCCGCAAAGGCAAAUAA